UUUGCAUUGGAGACAAAAUACAAACAAAUGGCAUUUUCGAUAUCCUCGGAAUUGUUGAAGGUCUGGUUGCGAAGAAAAUUUUUUAAAGAUUGAAAUAAAUGAAAAUCAGAAAGGGCAAGUUCUGGCGAAUAAGUCGAAUGAGGAAUCAGACGCCAUCGGCGUGUUUCUGUGGUCCAUUAGCCAAUUCUAAUGUUGAAAUUAGUAUUUUGGAUGGUUCUUCUUUACUUAAUUUACACAUUUUACCAUCACUUUCAUCUAAUAAUAACACAAACUCUAAUGCAUCAUUUUCAUUAUUUAACACUCUUAAUCGAUGUUUAACGGCUUCUGGUAAACGUCUUCUUCGCCAAUGGAUAUCUACCCCAACUUGUGAUAAAGAAACCCUUCUGGGAAGACAGUCUUGUAUUAAAUGGUUGAUGUCAGAUGAAAGGCGACCACAUUUAGCAAAAUGGAUGGAAUUGUUAAAAAUACAUACAAUUGGUUCAAAACAUCGAGCAGAUACAAAACAUGGUGGUGGUGGUCAUCCUGAUUCUCGAGCACAACUUUUUGAUAGUGACAGAUACAAUAAACGUAAAAUUCGCGAUCUUUUGGUUGUUUUGGAUGGAUUAGAGGAUAUAAUGAGAUUAAAACGAAUGUUUCUAAACGCGAAUGAAAUGGACGAAGAGAAGAGUGUUCCUUCAAUGUUAACUAAUUGUUUUGGUUCAAAUUACAAAGAAAUGAGUGAAGAUUUGCAAUUCUUUAAGAAUGCUUUUGACCGUCAAUCAGCUUUAGAACAUGGGGUUAUCCAGCCAAAUAAAGGUGUUGAUGAGGAAUAUGAUUUGGCUUGUAAUGAUGUAAUUAGUUGUGAAUCUCAUCUUAAUGAAUUUCUUGAAAAAAUGAGAAGAGUUUUUAAAUGCUCGACAAUAAAGUUUGUUGGUACAGGCAGGAAUUCUUAUCAAUUAGAAAUACCCGAUGCUUUUUGUAAAUCUUUGGGUACAGAUUUCAGAUUAACAUCACAAAGAAAGGGUUUUAAACGUUAUUAUACUGAUGAACUUCAACAACUUUUCGAUAAAUUAACAAAUUCUGAAACUCAACGUGAUUUAAUUAGUGCAGAAGUUACAAGACGUGUUUUUGCUGAUUUUAGUCAAAGAAAAGAUAAAUGGAAAAAUAUUGUAAAUAAUUUAGCUCAAUUUGAUUGUUUAAUUUCUUUAACGUUAUUUGCUCAAUCUUCGCCAAAGAAAAUGUGUUUCCCAGAAUUUUGUUAUGAUUCUGAAAAGCCAUUUUUGUCAAUUUCUAAAGGAUUCCAUCCUUCAUUAAUUGAUGCAGUUGGUGUUGAUUAUAUUCCAAAUGAUUGUGAACUUGGCGGUAAAAAUUCUCCUUUAAUGUUACUUACUGGUGCUAAUAUGGGUGGAAAAAGUACUUAUAUGAGACAAAUUGCUGCACUUGUUGUUAUGGCACAAAUUGGUUCAAUGGUUCCAGCAAAUUCUAUGAAAUUAACUCCAGUUGAUAGAAUAUUUUGUAGAAUUGGAGCUAGUGAUAGACUUGUUGCAGGCCAAUCCACAUUUUAUGUUGAACUUGCUGAAACAAAUAUUAUUUUAAGACAAGCUACUUCAUAUUCUUUAGUUUUAAUUGAUGAACUUGGUCGUGGAACGAGUACUUUUGAUGGUACAGCAAUUGCUUGUGCCGUUUUAAAAUAUUUAUCAACAAAAAUAUGUUGUAGAGGACUCUUCUCAACACAUUAUCAUGCUUUAUGUAAAUUUGUUGCUAAUAAUCCAAAUGUUAAAUUGGGGCAUAUGGCUUGUAUGGUUGAAAAUGCAAAUUUAGAGGACCCAACAAUGGAAGCAAUAACAUUUUUGUAUACAUUAGCUGAAGGAGCUAGUGAUAAAUCCUAUGGAUUUUAUACAGCUAAAAUGGCGGGAAUUGAUGUUGAGAUUGUUAGAAAAGCUUUUUCUGCUUCCAAAAUGUUAGAGGAAAAUAGAUGAA